AUAUAAGGUACCCUCCUCUACCAUUUCCCCAUUGUUCUUCAACCUAUAAUGCAAAAUUCAUUCAUUAAAUGAAUUAAAUUUACUGUGCUAUAUUUCGAUACAUUUGGACAGCAGGAUUUCUGACGAGAAGGUGAAUUCAAAUUCCCGAGGGAAACAGUUAAAAUGAUGAGGCUUAAAACUUAUGCCGGGCUUAGCUUAAUAGCUACACUGGCAGUUAUCUAUCAUGCCUUUAGUAGUAGAGGUCAAUUCUAUCCAGCAAUGGUUUAUUUAUCGACUUCCAAGAUCAAUCUGGUGCUUCUUUUGAACAUGGGUCUGGUUGUUAUGUGCAUUUUGUGGCAAUUAACCAAGAAAAUCUUCCUUGGAUCACUGCGAGAAGCGGAAGUUGAAAGGCUGAAUGAGCAGUCAUGGAGGGAAGUGAUGGAAAUACUGUUUGCAAUCACCAUUUUCCGACAGGACUUCUCAGUUACAUUUCUCUCAAUGGUUACCACUCUACUUUUGAUCAAGGCUUUGCAUUGGUUGGCUCAGAAAAGGGUUGAGUACAUUGAAACAACUCCUUCUGUUCCUAAGCUUUCUCACAUCCGCAUUGUCUCUUUCAUGGGAUUUCUCCUCCUUAUCGACAGUCUCUUUCUGUACAAUUCUGUAAAAUAUUUGAUAGAAACCCGAAAACCUUCAGUGUCGCUCUUCUUUGCAUUUGAAUACAUGAUACUGGCAACAACAACUGUGUCGACGUUAGUGAAAUAUGUAUUCUAUGUUAGUGACAUGCUUAUGGAUGGACAAUGGGAAAAGAAAGCUGUCUACACUUUUUACUUGGAGCUUAUUAGGGACUUACUGCACUUGACUAUGUACAUGUGUUUCUUCCUCGUGAUUUUUAUGAACUAUGGUGUGCCUCUUCACUUGAUCCGAGAACUUUAUGAGACAUUUCGAAACUUCAAAAUUCGUGUGGCUGAUUACAUACGUUAUCGGAAGAUCGCUUCUAAUAUGAAUGAUCGUUUUCCAGAUGCAACACCUGAAGAGCUUACUUCAAGUGAUGCAACCUGCAUCAUAUGUCGUGAGGAGAUGAUAACAGCUAAGAAACUUAUUUGCGGGCAUAUUUUUCAUGUGCACUGCCUGAGGUCGUGGUUAGAAAGACAAAACACGUGUCCUACAUGCAGAGCCCUUGUUGUACCAUCUGAAAAUGGCACUUCUGUUACUGGAUCGAGCGCUGAUAUUCAUCAGCAAGGUACAAGCACAGCCAGUACAUCUCAUGGCUUAGUCGGUGCAAAUGCCAAUAUCACUCAGCAACAGGCUAGACUCCAAGCUGCUGCUUCUGCUGCCUCAAUUUAUGAAAAGUCUUUUGUUUAUCCUUCUCCGAACGCUCUAGUCUGGUCACCUGGAUAUGCUUUACCUCCUCAAACCUUAGCGCGUCAGGGCUCUACGUCUAUGGCAAAUUCAGACGGACAGCUUCCUGGAGGGAAUGUGCAGUAUGGGCCAGGGUUGGAAAGCAAUCUUAUUGUGUCAAAUUCACAACUGGAUGCACAUAGGAAGUUAAUCGAGCACCAGAUUGAGUUUCUGCAACACCAGCUGAAGCUCAUACAAACAUCAGAUGCCAAGAGGACCGUGGAUCCAGGAACAGCUGACGUCAAGGGAAAGGGAGUUUUAUCGUCAUCUUCAGCAAUUCCAGACUGUAGUGAGAAUAGUGAGUCAGAAGUUAUAGAUAGAUAGGCCAUCAUAAGUGUAGAUGUUUACAAGGGGCAUGAGAGAAGAAAUAUCCUUCAUGGUGAAGACUUUUUACAUGAAUUCAUCCAAGGUAUUGAAAAUGGCAAGACCUUGAAAGCCAAUGUUCAGAAAACAGUGUAUUUAAGUUCACUUGUGCUUUGGACUACAAGUUCCUUGUAACACACCAGAUUAUUAGUGCCAUAAAAUAGGAAAGGACAGUGAGAAAUGACCCGUUUUCUCUUUCUAUCUUUUGAUUUUGAUUUUUGUAGGAUGGGAAAUUCCCGUUUUUAGAAGCUGGAAACUUUGUAUCCUUUUGCUUUUUAUACGUUAUAAUGCUUCCCCUGUAUUCUAUUAUUUCUACGUA